AUGAAAGGAUCGAUUGGAACAGUUUCUUCUAUUGAUAAUAAUAUUCAAAAAUAUUAUUCUAAACUAUUUAAUGAUCAUGUGUUAUCGGUUGAAGAAAUAUUGAGGAAUCAUGUACUUUCACUGAAUGUUGAUAGUUGUGAAACAGAUGGAGAAAAUGCCUUUUUCGUUGCAGAUUUAGGAGUAAUUUAUCGUCAGCACAUUCGUUGGAAAGCUAAUUUACCACGUAUUGAACCUUACUAUGCUGUAAAGUGUAACCCGGAUCCUAUUCUUCUUAAAUUGCUGGCAGUUCUGGGAACGGGAUUUGAUUGUGCUAGUAAAUCAGAAAUUCAAACCAUUCUUGAUUUGGGAGUUGAUGAAUCACGAAUUAUAUACGCCAACCCAUGUAAACAAGCAUCAUUCAUUCGUUACGCGGCUCAACGUGAUAUUAGAAUGAUGACAUUUGAUAAUAUUGAUGAAAUUUAUAAAAUUAAAAGAUACUUUCCUAGUGCACUAUUGGUUAUUCGAAUUUGUGUGGAUGAUUCAAAAUCCAUUUGUAAAUUAAGUCCAAAAUUUGGUGCACCAUUGGAUACAACCGAAAUAUUAUUAGAAACCGCUAAAUCAUUAGGAAUGGAAGUUAUUGGUGUCAGUUUUCAUGUUGGUAGUGGAUGUUACGAAGAAAAUAUAUUUGUGGAUGCAGUAUAUCGAGCUAGAUAUGUAUUUGAUCAAGCUGAAAGAUUAGGAUAUAAUUUCCAUUUAUUAGAUGUUGGAGGAGGAUUUUCACCAGCAUUUGAUGAAAUUGGUAAAGAUAAUAUCACGUUUGAAAAAGUGGCUUCAUUACUUGGACCUGCGAUUGAUAAAUUAUUUCCAUCUGACGUUCGAGUAAUUGCUGAACCUGGACGUUAUUAUUCAGCAUCAGCUUUUACUAUAGCCACUCAUAUUAUUGCUAGAAGAACUACGCUACAUUAUAUUAACGACGGAGUUUAUGGAGCAUUUAAUUGUAUUCUUUUUGAUCAUCAAGUUGUUCAACCCAAAGUAUUAUGUAAAGGAGGUGAAUUCACAUUUGAACAAGAAAUUGAAGAACCCGAAUACUCUUGUAGCAUUUGGGGUCCAACAUGUGAUUCAAUAGAUUGUAUUACUAAAAAAGGAUAUUUACCGGAAUUGAUACCAGGUGAUUGGUUAUAUUUUGAAGAGAUGGGUGCUUACACAAUUUGUGCGGCUUCCCAAUUUAAUGGAUUUAAAAAAAGUAAUAUCAUUUACACCACCACCGAUUUACUUACUGAUUUUGCACUCACGCACCAUGCUAUUAGAUUCCACUUGAUAUUAAUUAUUAUUGAUUAA